GGGAGCAGAAGAUUUGAAUUCGAACUAAGCUCUCUCCUUCUCACGGUACAUCCCGUGAGGCUGUGAAAAAUAAAAUAAAAUAAAAUAGAAACGACAUGUCGUUUUGAGAGGACAUUAGGGGUAAAGUAGGACUUAAAGAAAAUCCUCUUGAGCUCUCGGUCGUCUGCAUAUGGGAUAUUGGAUAAGUGAAAGCCUGAGGAAAAACAUAGAGCUCCAGUUUCAUUGCUUAGGGAAGGAGAAAGGAAGAAAGAAGAAAGAAAUGGCGGGUGUAGUUAAUUGUUGCUUGUCUUCUUCAUGCUUUACUCUUCAAUCUAAGCUCAAAAGCCUUUCACUUAAAAACAAUAUCAAUUCUUCCCCUUCUCCUUAUGCUUUGCAUCAAAAUUUCAGUGCUAUUAAGUCUCUCAGUUUCUCCUAUAAUCUUUCUCACGGUCUCUUCUACAAAGGGAGUCUGUCUUUUAGCACAAUGACUCAAAAACCAACUCGUCGUUCUGUUGUUUGUGAGGUUGCUCCGAAGAAAAAGGCUGAUUCAGCUGCAAAGAGAGCUCGUCAAGCUGAAAAAAGGCGUAUUUAUAACAAAUCAAAGAAAUCCGAAGUCAAAACCCGGAUGAAGAAGGUUUUGAGGGCCCUAGAUGUGCUCAGGAAGAAACGUGAUGCACAAGCUGGAGAAAUCUUCCCAAUUGAGAAACUGAUUGCUGAGGCCUAUUCAACGAUUGAUAAAGCAGUAAAAGUGGGAACACUGCAUAGGAACACUGGAGCACGCAGAAAGUCGCGUCUAGCUAGGAGAAAGAAGGCUGUAGAGAUCCACCAUGGCUGGUAUACCCCUGCUCCGGCAGCAAAUGCAGCCUAGAAAAGGAGCAAGUUGUGAAAUCUUUCUUUCGUUUCUUAGGCAAAGAAUCCGAAAAUGUUAUUUUUCAUUACACCAUUUUCUGCUUUGUUGUCUAAAUGCCUUUCUUUAACACAUUUUCUCUUCUCUCAUUUGAAGAUCAUGCUAUGUUGAGUUUGUAAAUUUUCUGGAUAUUAUCAAACACUUCUUAAAUUAA